UCGGUGACAGUCGCUUGCUCUCGCGCAACAAGGAAGUGGAGGACAUGUCGCUCCGCUGAAGGCAGGAACGCGACCCGUCGAGUCCUGGUGCCGCUGAGCCCCUCCGCAGGACCGCAGGACCGCAGGAGCCUUCUCUGCUGAGUGUUGUCCGGGGAGAGACGGAGCGGCCGUCGGCGGUCUCCGACUAUGUAUCCUCAAAAGAAAGAUUUCCAAGCGACUUCCUCUGCAAUGGAGCCUAGGCAAAACAUCACAACCAUGUCAGCGUGUAUCGCAUCAGUCCCUUCAGCGUGAGCUCAAGUCAGCCGGUUGUCAGUACUUCAUUCCAAAUAUGGCCCCUGUUCCUCCGGGGAUCCGCCUGUUGGUUUCCUUUGACAGGGACCAGUGGUACAGAGCUCUCACAUUUAUCCUCACCUUCCUGCUCUAUACCAGCUUCCACCUCUCCAGGAAACCCAUUAGCAUCGUCAAGAGUGAGCUCCAUAGGAACUGCUCAUCUGUCAGUGAGCUAUCCACCAUCACCUCCAGCAUCAGCCACAGCCAGCAGGUCUCUCUGCCAACUCUCCACACAGACAUGGACUGUAGCUGGAAGCCUUUUGACAAAAGCAACUACAAACAGCUGCUGGGAGCCAUGGACUACUCCUUCCUCUGUGCCUAUGCUGUCGGAAUGUACCUCAGUGGCAUCAUCGGGGAGCGUUUGCCCAUUCGACUGUACCUGACUGUGGGCAUGCUGACCAGCGGCUUGUUCACCUGCCUGUUUGGACUGGGUCAUGUCUACAACAUCCACAGCCUGGGCUUCUAUGUGUUUGUCCAGGUGGCCAACGGAUUGGUCCAAACCACUGGCUGGCCCAGCGUGGUGACUUGCAUUGGCAACUGGUUUGGAAAGGGAAGGCGUGGACUCAUCAUGGGGUUGUGGAACUCGCACACCUCAGUGGGCAACAUCCUGGGCUCUCUGAUUGCUGGCUACUGGGUCUCCUCCAACUGGGGCCUGUCGUUCAUCGUACCAGGGAUAAUCAUUGCAGCCAUGGGUGUUCUCUGCUUCUUCUUCCUCAUUGAGCAUCCAAAUGACCUAAAAAGCAUGUAUGCUAAAAAUUCUUCCCCUGGCAAGAGUCAGCUUCCAACCGAGAGUUGGAAUGGAGUAUCUGGACACACUGAGGUGUAUCUGCAAUACAAGGAAAAAAAAACCCAGGCAUACUACUAUUACGAUGAUAGUGUUCGAACGAAAAAGAGCUACGACACGGAGCUGUUGUUGCCCAGGGACAGAGUGUGCGUCCCUGUGCAACCGGUCGUGGUGGUGAAGAGCGAAUCAGAGCCAUCCGCCAUCAGCUUCAUGGGAGCCCUACGAAUACCAGGGGUGAUUGAGUUCUCUCUCUGCCUGCUGUUUGCCAAGCUAGUCAGUUACACAUUCCUCUUCUGGCUGCCACUCUACAUCACUAAAGCAGCUCACCUGGAUGCCAAGGAGGCUGGAGAUCUCUCCACCUUGUUCGAUGUGGGAGGAAUUGUGGGUGGAAUCUUGGCCGGAGUGAUCUCUGAUAAACUGGGAAAGAGAGCCACCACCUGUGCCGUCAUGUUGCUCCUGUCUGCUCCCACUCUGUAUGGAUUCUCCAUGAUCAGUGAGUUCGGUCUGGGGCCAACCAUCGGAAUGCUGCUUGUGUGUGGAGGUCUAGUCAAUGGACCGUACGCCCUCAUCACAACUGCAGUGUCGGCUGAUUUGGGGACCCAUAAGAGCCUGAAAGGCAAUGCCAGAGCUCUGUCGACUGUCACUGCCAUCAUCGAUGGCACGGGAUCUGUAGGUGCAGCACUGGGCCCCCUGCUGGCUGGCCUAUUGUCUCCGGGGGGGUGGGAUCAGGUCUUCUACAUGCUGAUGACAGCUGACUUCCUUGCUCUGUUGCUUCUUCUCCGACUUGUGUCCAAGGAGCUUGACUCAACUAAAUCCCAUCCCAUCUCUACUGUUGAGUUCAAGGAGCAUUGAGCUACAGUGGUUUGCUGUGAACAAGAGGAGGAGGAGGAGGAGGAGGAAGAGCUGCUGGUCAAGUUCUGCCUGAUGAACCACACGGAACAGCAGCAGUUUUUGGUCUGGAGGAUUUAUCUGCGCAUUCUGUACUUGCACACACAAACGCACACUUACUCACCUUCCUUGUCUUUUCCCUUCCUCUUCCCUUUGGACCUGUUCCCUAUUGUUGCAAAAUUUAACUUGAACACACAACCAGCUCACUAGACUCAAAUGAUUGGCAGAUAUUGGAUGUAAACUGGCCUUACUGUGACAUGUAUUUUAGGACUUUAGAGAAACUAGAAGGUAAAUUAAUUUUGGUAGCAGUCUUCGAUACUACAACUUCCCUGACUCUGUUCUAAUUGAUCCUACUCUAGAUAUGAAUCUCUUCAAGCCCUGACCUAACCACAACAUCUGUGACCAUACCAGUUAAUGUUAUAUCGCAGGGACCAUUUUUCAUGGUGGCAUCUAUAACUUCAUCUUAUUGAACUCAAAUAGGUUUGGUGUUGUGCUCAUUAGGAAUGUGAAAUGUAUGUCAGAGCUUUCAGGAGGGAUUAUGGGCUGUGAGAGCCAGGUUGUUGCACCGUCAGUCAACCUACAGAGCAAAAGAAGAACUUAAAAAUCAACAUAUCUCUAUAGUUGUGGUGAAACAUCUUUACUCGUCCUAGCAACUGCUACAGUUUCUCCCAUGCUCCUUCACAAUGAAUAGUAGGACAGAUGCACACUCACUUUCAUAAUGAAAUAAAACAAAAAUGCCAGUUCAGGCCCAAAUGCCAGAAUUUAGUGUGAAGCCUUGUUGCUCAACUCAUGUAAACUCAGCAGCUGUAGACCAAGAGCCAGCUACAAAGACGGUACCUGUAGAUUUGUCAGGUUAUUAUUUGAGGCUCGCUCAGGACUACAACACGUGUUUCCAGAGUGACAAUUAGAGAAGCCUGCUGACUAGUGGCUCAUGAUCAGUGGUUUGUUCAGUCUGAGAAGGGAAAGAGUUUCCAAAGUGCAGUAACCUGUCACUGUCCUAAGGCUGCACGAUGGCUCCCACAGCAGCUCAAAUCUGCUGCAACCGGACGUUUGUCCUCUCUUUUUUCUUUUUUUGUUUUGACCCAUAAUUGCUGAAUUCUUCAAAAUGGCAAAUGUUUUGUGCUGAAACGUUGGACACAGUGGCUCGGUCACUCAUGUUUACUGAGGAAUCUAGAUCAAUCUGCAGUCACAGUGUUGGUCUGUCUUUGUCAAACCUGCCCCGAUGUGAAGCUGCGGUCCAUUUACUCAACCAUAUGCACUUUUGCCCAGAACAGGAGUGAGAAAGAACAGGUCUUGCCACUAUGAGAAUUAAUCUUUUGCAGCCCCUUCCAUACAUAAAACUUAAGAUAGCCCUUUAAGGGGCAGUUAAGCCAAAUUAUGAAAUAUUUCACUUACAUGUACUUGUAUAUAUCAUUCAGAUAGUUUUGGAUUAAUUGGUGUAGGUUUUGAGACGGAUCAGUCUGAGAGCUCUGCCUCCACAACACUAAGGAAAGCGAAUGGAAUUUAGUAACACUAAAAAAUGGCAUUUGAAAUUCAACAUCUUUCCUGAAACAGUGCCUCUUUUAACAAUUCCAACAGGAAAAGCUGUCAGUUUCCAUUGAGACUAGUGGUCAGAGAUUAGUUUAAAAUCUGCUUACAGCUUUCUUGUUGAAUAACAGGUACAGGGACCUAAAUACUUGUUUCAACAUUUUUCAUUCACAAAUACAAUUCAAAUUCUGUGUGAUGCUCUAAGUGUGAAAAGGCCGCCCUCUCUCCUUUGUGGACGCUGCUGUGUCACUGUCACCUUUGCCUUAUUUAACCAAAGACAUUGUGGGAUCAAGUUGUAAUUUAAAUAUGAGACUAAUUUAAACCGUUGUUUAACUUAUUUCUGUCAAUUGUGUGGUUUAUGAACUUAAGGCAUCAAAGUUGUAUUUUUGUACAAAAACUUGAUAAUAAUGUAUGUUUCCUGUGUGUGGGUGGGGGUGAGAUACUAUGAAUGUAACUUGUUAAACCUUGUGGAUAUAUUUUUCAGUGCAAUGUAGAUAAUGUAAGUAAGGUUAUUUUUUUAAAUAGUUCCUCAUAGUGACUUGAAUUUCAUCUCGACUAUGAGUGAGGUUAACACCACUCAUUGAAAGCCUUUCAUUCAAAAUGGUAAAACGAGAGACAAAGAUCUAUUUUGAAACGGGUUUCUAUCUUCCACAUUUGUUGAAAUAAUUACAUUUCCAUUGAUAUAUUGGUUGUGUAUGGUAUUAGAACAAAAUCCAGGAAAUGGAAAUGUGUUAAUGUUAUAUAAGUAUAUAUCAAACUCUGGGAUCAUUUUUUUUCAUGGUGGUAGGAUUGAGACAACAUUAUGCAUUCCUUAGAACUCCUAAAGGUCAAAUGUGUAUAUGUAUCAUGUCUGUGCUAGGCCUAGGACUUUAAACAUUGUGUGCCUUGUUUGUUGUUUGUCUUUUUACUAGACAGAUGAUUUUGUAAAACAAAACAUAUCUAAAGGUUUUCAUUGAUCUGAACAAUCUUGAUUUAGGGUACUGUAGGUUCACAUCCAAAACAUUCAGGAAAAACAAAGAAAAUAAAUGAAAAUGUUUCUUCACUUAA